AACCAUUCCCAUCACCAGACUGGAUCUGCCCUCAUUAACGAGUAACCAAAUCAAACAAAACCUCCAACCUUUCAUUUUAGAGCCUGCAGCAAACCACACCAAAGUUGUGCCAGUCUGCAAAGUUGUCUGGCUUUGCAGCCGGCAGUCAUACACACAGUGAAGGAAUGAACGAAGCACUGGAGAGAGUCUUGUAGGGCUUCUUCGUCUCUCUUCUAAGUUGGCACUGUUGGUGUAAGGAGUCAGGAACCCAGACCCUGCAAAUCAGAAGAGAUCUGUCACUAUGAUACAGGCAUAGCUGUGAGUGCUACAGUUUACUGAGCUCUUGUUACCCAUCCAUGUGCUUUAGAUGAACACCUCCACUAUGGACAAGACUUUGCUCUUGCACCUGAUCCUGCUGAGCCUGGUGGUCGGCAGCAGCCAAGGGUGCUACUGUGAACAUUACCCAUGGGGGCCAUGGUCCAGCUGUUCAAAAACCUGCAACUAUGGCACACAGACAAGGCACAGGCAAAUAAGAAUGGAUGAAUAUUAUAACCAAAACUUCUGUGACCGGUUGUGCACAAAGAUGGAAUCUCGUGCAUGUAACCAGCAAACGUGUCCUAUCAACUGUCAGCUUGGAGACUUUGGACCUUGGUCAGAAUGUGACCCAUGCCUUAAAAAACAAUUUCGUGUUCGAACCCUCUUGCGACCAUCUCAGUUUGGGGGUCAGGCCUGCUCCGAGCAACUGGUGGAUUCCCGCCCCUGCUUUCCAGCCAAACUCUGCAACAUAGUGGAGGUCAACUGCAAGAAUAAAUUCCAGUGUGAAAGUGGUCGCUGCAUUGCAAAAAAACUGGAAUGCAAUGGAGAAAAUGACUGUGGGGACAACUCUGACGAAAGAAAUUGUGGGAGGAAAAAGACGGUGUGUGGCAGAAGGUUUGAAAGCAUCCCCAGUGUGCAGUUAAUAGGCAAUGGAUUUCACAUUCUGUCAGGAGAGAGCCGAGGGGAAGUCCUUGGCAAUUCAUUCAAUGGAGGAGAAUGCAGAACUGUGAAGCGUAACGAGACAAGGAUAUUAUAUCGUAUUCCUGCAAACCUGAAGGAUGUCAGCUUUCAGGUAACAAAUGAAGAGGAUGAUGUAAAAUCACAUUUCUACAGAGAUUUAACUCACCUGAGUGACAGUGAUCAGCAAAGUAGUUCAUUCUCUCAUGAUGCUCGAAAAAGAUUUAGCAUUCCAAUACUAUUCUCAAGAAAGAAACGGGUUCAAGUCACGUCAUCUUCCUCCUUCAAGAAAGCCAUAAAAGCCUCACAAGAAAAGAAUUCCAACUUUGUUAGAGUCCAUAAAGUCAUCUCUGUUGCAAGCUUCACAAUGAAAGAGUCAGAUCUGCAGCUUUCAGAUGUCUUUCUAAAAGCACUUAGCCACCUGCCCCUGGAGUACAACUAUGCUUUAUACAGCAGAAUAUUUGAUGACUUUGGCACUCAUUACUACACCGCUGGGAAGAUGGGUGGUUCCUAUGACAUUCUUUACCAGUACAGUUCAGAUGAAUUUAAGAACUCAGGUCUGACAGAGGAUGAAUCAAUGGACUGUAUCCGAAAAGAAACAUCGUGGCGUGUGCUCUUCAUAAGGAAGAAGAAAGUCAGUACCAGAUGCGUCACAAACAAGAUGACUGUGAAACAUGAAGGUUCCAUUCUGGAGUCAGCUGAACAGUCCAUCUCUCUGGUCAAAGGUGGCAGGUCAGAAUUCGCUGCAGCUCUGGCCUGGGAGAAAAAGGGAUCAUUUCCAGGGCACCCAGUCUUCACAACAUGGCUGGAAUCAACGAAGGACAAUCCCAUAGUGAUUGACUUUGAGGUGUCAUCCAUUGUGGACCUGGUGAAAAAUGUGCCAUGUGCCGUAACCAGGCGUCGCAACCUCAGGAGAGCCCUGAGGGACUAUGCAGCCAGGUUUGACCCGUGCCAGUGUGCCCCGUGCCCCAACAAUGGCAAACCUGUGCUUUCUGGGAUGGAGUGCCUCUGUGUGUGCCAGGCUGGUACCUACGGCAAGAACUGUGAGAUCCGUGCUCCGGAUUAUGAUUCAGUUGCUGUAGAUGGUCGCUGGAGUUGCUGGUCUGAAUGGAGCCCAUGUGACACUUCCUUCAAGAGAAGAAGGAGCCGGGAGUGUAAUAACCCAUCCCCAAUGAACGGUGGAAAGCCUUGUGAGGGUGAACAGGAAGAAGAGGAGGACUGUCAUGUCUCUGUGUUCAUGGACAAAGGGGCUCCCUGUAUUAAUGAUGAUGAGGCAAGGAGAGAAGAGGAUAUCAUAACUGGUGAACCUGAGUCUGGAUGCUCCAGGCCAGACCCACCAGAAAAUGGAUUUAUAAGGAAUGAAAAGAACCAGUAUGAUGUGGGGGAAGAAGCUGAAAUUGCCUGUGUGAGUGGUCAUGUCCUCAGUGGCUAUCAGUUCCUUCGGUGUCUGCCUGAUCAAACCUGGACACAGCAAAUAGUUGAAUGCCAACCCGCAGUAUGCCUCAGGCCACCAAUAUCUGACAGUGUCACAAUUUCCCCAUUUAAGCAACACUAUGACAUUGGUGAAAUCAUGAGGCUAAGCUGCCAAGCUGGGUUUAUAGUCACUGGUCAACAACAGUACACUUGUGGAAAAGACCUGUCGUGGAUCCCACCUGUUCUGAGACAUAUUACAUGUGAAAAAGAUGAACAAACUAAGAUUAGAGGGUUUUGCGAUCCAGGACAAAAACAGGUUGGAUCUGAGUGUGUUUGUAUGUCUCCAGAAGAGGACUGUGGCCACUACUCAGAAGACAUCUGUGUACUACAUGCUGUUUCUGAACAGAACGUGACGAAGUCCAGCUGCCAAUAUUCAGCUGAAAUGUGCCUUGGAGAGACGUCAUUUCACUUCUUGCAUGCUGGCCCUUGCCUUGGUAAUACCAACAUACGCUGGGCUAUUGAAAGGGCAAAGCUCUCCACAAACAGCAUGAAGAAAGUGCCCUGUGGCUAUGACACCUGCUAUGAGUGGGAGUACUGUCCAGAGACGCAGACCCAGUGCUCCUGCCUGAUGCCUUACCAGUGUCCCAAAGAAGACAGACGGCUUUACUGCAUCCAGAUGGAGUCAACAGGGAGAAGGAGGACAGUUGGUUAUUGCAUGCUGGCAGCCAUGAAGUGUUCUGGCAUCAGACUGGAGGUGCUGGAGGAGAGGAGCUGCCUGGGGUAAAUCGAUGGCUCUCCUGCUGGCCACCACCAUCAUUCCACUACUCGUGGACUGAGCCAUGUUGUGGAAAACUUGACUGGUUAUUGAUUAUGAAAGGAUCAAAAAUGGAUCAAAAAUGAUGCAAAAAAUAGAGCUCAUUUAGUGGAAAAAUGGUGGCAGUGGGUUUUUUAUUUAAUGAAGAUGAUGUGGGGGUUGGGAUAUGGGGAUACUGCUCUCACUGUCAGUAACUCUGCAUGGGCAGAGGAAGGCAAGUGAGAGAUGGGCACAGAGGAAGGGAAGUUCUGCCUCUCAUCUCCCUGGUGCUGGAUUAGACUUUUCCUUUCCUCAGCCACUUGUUGCUCCCUCUCUGCACUGGUGACUGUUCUGCACCCUGGUCAUCUUGCUGGCUGAGCACCCGCUGGGCAAAUCA